AUUACAACUACUGCAAUUCUCAACCCACCGAGACUCCUUCACCAUGAGAAUCUCUGCCAUCGUUGCUGCCCUUGUGGCCACCACCGCUAUUGCUAGCCCCAUUGAGAAACGCGCUGCAUGCACAGCUACAUCUUACGACGGAAUCGCUGGUACCAAAAGCUGCAGUGCAAUCGUCAUUCAAGGACCUUUCACCGUACCUGCAAACAAGAAAGUUGAUCUCACCGGACUCAAGGCUGGCACCACGAUCAAGAUUACCGGCACCAUUACCUUCGCCAAGGGAAAUCUUGGCAAGAACGAUGAUCUCGUAACCAUUAGCGGCACCAACAUCAAAAUUGAUGGUUCCAAUGGCAUUCUUAACGGCAGUGGACCAAAAUACUGGGACGGUAAAGGUGGCAACGGCGGCGUUAACAAGCCCAAGUUUGUCAGACUCAGUAACUUGAGCGGCUCAAUCACUGGGUUGACUAUUCUUGGGUCUCCUGUCCACACAUUCUCAAUCAACAACUGUAAGGGACUUACUCUUACGGGUGUAACCAUUGACAAUCGUGGAACCAACUAUGCCCUUGGCCACAAUACGGAUGGCUUCGAUAUUGGGGGCUCUAAGGACAUUACCAUCACUGGCGCCAAAGUAUACAAUAACGACGACUGCCUUGCCGUUAAUAGCGGCUCCAACAUCGCCUUCACCGAUAACCUCUGUGACGGUGGCCAUGGUAUUUCGAUUGGCUCUAUCAAAGCCGGUCAAAUUGUUGAUGGUGUCUCGGUCACCCGUUGCACCGUCACCAACUCCGAUAAUGCUGUUCGCAUUAAGGCCUACGCCAACGCGACGGGCGGCAAAGUCAACAACGUCACCUACACAGACAUUACGAUGUCUGGCAUUCAGAAAUACGGUAUCAUCAUCCAACAGGACUAUACCAACGACGGUGCCACUGGCAAGCCAGGCGGUGCUGCCCCAAUCACGAAUGUGAACCUCAACAACAUCCACGGCAGUAUGGCCAAGGGAACCAAGGGAAAGGAUGUCUACAUUCUCUGCGCCAAUUGCAGCAAGUUCAACUUCCAAAAGAUUGCCAUCACCGGUGGAACGGCUCCCACAUGCACUGGAAUCUCCCCCAAGCCCAGCGGCUGUUAAGGUCGGCGCUCAAGCAUCAUCGUGUCAAAGUCAUUUUAGAGAUGUCGCAAGCAAUGUUAUACAGGAGCUCUAUAUCCAUAUCUGCACCUUUGAAUUAGUCAACAGUUUUUUUAGAAAGUCUUAAAAUUGGUCGAAGCAUCUACUGAUUUCAUAAAGUUAGUUGGUACUUCAGGUGGUUAUACUUGUGUGAAAUGGUAUGGCAAAUACAAUAUUUACUUUGAGA